AUCUCCUGGGAUCAGCAUUUAAUAAAUUAUUUUUCUCAAAGGGAAUCGAGCUCGUGUCUUUCUGCUUAAGCUUUCGAUUAACCUGAAUUUAACCACGUCCCCAACCCCACAUUGAUGAUAGUUAAUUGUGCAAAUUAUCUACUUAUUUACAUAUUUCUAUAUCCAGGAAUUAGUACAAUAGUAUAUUUAAAUUUAUGAUUUAUGAAUAGCAUCAUAUUGAAUAUUUAGGUUGACUAGGAGAAUAAAAACCCACUCAGCCACUCUCAGUCGUUAGACCAAAAAAAUUGAGGAAUCAAGAGGAACAACACAUCCUCGUCUUAUUUUCUAAAUUAUGAUUACUAAUUAAAUCCCAAAAUAUCGAACCACAUACUAGAUUUUGUUGUUUGAAUACUUUUGUUUAUCCACGAAAAAAAACAAAUAUUAGAUCUAACCCUAAUUUCACAAAGUAUCACAUCCUCCACCGUCAUAAAAUCGAGCGUGUCAACAAGCAAAAAAGUAACAUAUCAUCCGCAGCGUCUCUUAUUUUCUCGAUAAAUCGACGGAAUCCAUGUCCGGAUUGUUCCCCCCGGCCACCACCAGAGAAAUGUCAGGACGUCGAACAUGUUGCAUAUUGGACAUGGAGGAUUACUCCAUCCCAGAUGGUCUCUGUCCUCAUUUGAUUAAAAAGAAAAUCAAAACAGCUAUGCUUGACUCCGGUUAUCGUGGGAACGUGGAGGUCUGGGCUUGCGUUGCAUGGUCCGAUGAAUUGCGUGACAAAUUUGAGUCCCACGGAAUUUGCGUCUGUCUCACAUCACAAAGGGAUAAAGAAGAUCAGAGACUUACAAUGAUAUUAGUGGAGCUUCUUUUCUGGGCUUGGAAUGCAGGAACAUCGAAUGUGCUGAUACUCUCAAAACACCACGAAGAAAUGGAACAAUACCCAAGGUUCUCUCGUUUUCGUAAAGCUUUGGAAAGCAAAGGUUACUGUGUUGUGUCAGCAAAGCCUGAGACACUCAUAAACCAAAGCAUAAUUGAAGAGGAACAAAGCGGCAAGCUCAGAGGCUACUUCUGAUAUAAGUUUUUGGGAUUAACUAAUAUUUUUAAAUUCAAGUGGUGACCUUUUACUUGAAGGUGGAAUGGUAGUGAACCAAAAGAAAAGAUGCAUGCAACGAUCCGUUGUUAAACUAUGGCAGCAGAUGGCUGAGUCUUGUGGCUUUGGGAUUGAAAAUAUUAGAACAACAACAACUCUCCUUGACGAUCUCAACACUUUGAAGUUCUUUAAUUUUCGGAAAAUUCACUUCUUAAAUAUUGGUAUUUAACACUUUUCAAUUUUAUAUAUUGGGAUUUACUUUUCAUUUUCACAAUUGGUAGGAUCUCUCACAAGCACCUUCUUAGGUCUUGUUUAGUUGUAUUUAUUUGUUUAUUAAGGGUUUAGGUUUAGUUUUUUUUUUCCAAAAUCCACGUGUAAGCUACCAAAAUCUGGACGUUUUAUCAAUUUCCUAUUGAUAUCA